UGUUACGGUGUUUCCUUUAUCUCUCGUUUUGCCUCCUAACACCUUCGCUUGCAGAUAUUUACAGAAGAAAUGGCGACAACAACCUUCAACGCUCUUCCUUCCUCGCUAAGGCUUGAACUGCCGUUUCUUCUUCCAUCGAAGCUCAACAAAGCGCGUUUUCCCUCGUUUUCGCUUCCCAACCCUACGCUCCGUCCUGUUAUCUGCAGAGCCUCGGAGUCUUCCACCGUUCCACCGAAGAAGCGUUCUUCUAACAACAGAAACUCAAAAAACAACAACAAAAAGAAAAAGAAUAGUAAGAGCAAACCUAUAACUACCGAUUCCAACUCCGUUUACAAUCUUGCUCCAUUGCCUCCACUUCCGACGUCACUUCCCAAACCACCGGCGGGAUUCGUCGUCGACGAACGAGGCAAAGUUCUUAGCGCUUCCAUGGAUCGACUUGCCACUCUAGUUGACCCGGCUAAUAACCUUUCCUUAGAGUGCGUUGUAAGGAGAGAGUUCACGAGUUCUCAAGGAGACGACUGUUUGUUGCUCUGCCCUGCUGACAUGCCUGUCCAGAUAGUGAAGCACACACCUAAUGGAUGGUCGGAUGUCAGUGAUGAGGAGCUUGAAUCUAUUCUGCCCGCUGCUGCUUAUGCACUUGCCAAGAUACAUUUGUAUCUGGUUAAUAGUGGAUACUGUUAUACGGCCCGUGGUGGAUUUUGUUAUUCGGAAGAGGACAUAUUUGACUUUCAUACAGACGAUAAAGGAGACAGCUUGCCAACUGAAGGUGUAGAAAUUGUAAACUUCAGUGUGGAAGAAGCAUAUUACAUGAUAUAUACACCAUCUGAUCCACUUCUUUUUGUAGCUGUGAAGGAUCAGAAUGGAAUUUUGCAAAUUGCUGACGAUGAACUGCUUGAGGAUCCUGCUGUCACCAGCGCUAUAGAUGAAGAGACUGAAUUUAAUGCCUUGGUGGAGGAAGAAGCUGCGCUCCUUGACGGAAUGUUGGGUGAAAGAUAACCACAUAUUUACUUUCUGCAAUAGAGCUGUCCCACACUCCCACCAAUGUUUUGCUUUUAGCGGGUUCAUUUGCAUGUUGAAGAAAGAAGCUGCUAUCUCAUAACUUAACCCGGAUCAAAAAAGUUAUCCAACAUGAAACAAACAUGCAGGUAGUAUUUUUCCUCUGAAUUGUCCCGGCUUGGUCUGUUUGCAUGUCAACAAAUAUCUGGGGAUAGAAUAGCUCCUUUGUCUGCUUGAUCAAUUUUGUAUGUAUGGUUCCUCAUUAUUUGAAGUUUAAUUUUGAUAUAUUAAUUUGUAAAUGUAAUUUUUUAUCAUGACCAUUAUGAUUGAACAGCAAUUUAUAAGUUUA